AUGGUGUACCAAAAAGGUUCCAGCGCACGCCUUCCCAGCUGCCAUGUGAGUGGCCAUCGAUGUCACUGGCGACAGCGUCCAAUUGCCCGGCCACGUCGUGACAGUCCAGCUGAUCGAAGCGUUGCAUUGGAAGCAGCUGAAAAAUGGCUGAAGGAAGCGCAAACAGCUUGUGAUAUUGUCAUUUCUCCGUCGACAUCAUCGUUUUUGCAGCUGCAAAGUUUGCUGAAACAUUUGAAUGCUGCAGAUGAGGCCUCCGUGCGGAUCUGGUGCGACCUCUGCGGCUCCGAAAAAGAACUCUGCGACUUGGAAGGUCGGCUGCGGCAGAAGGCCAUCGACAUCUUCGAAGUGGUGAAAUUUGACUUGGCCCAGCUGUCGGUUCAUCGCUCGAAUCCUCACCUGCCAGGCAGCAACUCCUCCACCCCCCUGAGGGCGGACUUGUUACGGCCGAGCUUUGGAUCUGUGAGCUGCAUGGAGAUUUGGGAGAUGAGUGGAAGACUUUCGCAAAGAAUCCUUGGGUCUCCAACGUCAACGGCCGAUUCAUCCAUCUUGGCCAAGCUGUCGGGCUGCGCAGAAGAGGAUGCCGCACGUCUGAUUCGCUUCGGCCGUCGACUGUCGGAGCUCUUUGCGCCCAUUGAGUUGACGAAACACCUGGCUAGACAGGACUGGACCAAAGUUCCCUACGCCUCCGGUGCUGCCCUGCUACCCGCGUUGGACCAGGUGGUUCGUGAACUACAGAUGAGUGGCACCAAGGAUGUGAAGGUGAAAGUGGCCAUUUUCGGAUCUUCCGGGUGCCAACUGGCCGCUGCCGCCCAUCGAUUGGGCUGCGAAAGCACUUUGGCAGAACCGCGGGUUCUGCUGCGAGCGUGUCUCCAAAGAUUGUUUGAACACAACCAGGUCACCUGUACGGUGGGAGAAGGGGCUGACCCCACGGCCGAUGUCUUCGUUGUGGCCUUCGACGAAGACGGCCUGGUGGAGUGGGGCCAGCUGCAACUCAUCAGGCGCCAUCUGCGGGCUGAGCCUGGACGGAUGCCUCGGCUGAUUCCAGAGCGCAUCAUCAUCAAAGCUGCGCUGAUCGACGACACCCUGCCGCGAAUUCGGGGCUGCCAACUGAACCGCUUCGAACGCAUGAGGGGCUUUGACUUGCGGGUGUCACAUAGAUGGCCCAAGGGUGCGUGUCAUAUUCAUCCCCAGUUUCGCUCCAAUUCCCAAGUGAUCUACGACUUCACCCUGUCCGAAUUCGUGGCCGACGCGGACGCGUUGGACCGCACCCACCUGUCCUUUCUGCCCCAGCCUGGAAGCAUCUCCGGCGUCGCCUACUGGGUGACGGUCCCCGGGUUGCCAGAGGAAUUUGACGAAGCCUGGAUUCGCUGCAUCCAGCCCUUACCGGUGAGACGGGUUGAGGUUGGGUCCGUGAAAACUCUCCACCUUUGGGCCAAUUUUUCGGAUGUGAAACUCUGGUUCGACUGGGCAGAGGAUGACUGUGAAACUACGGUGGUGCCACCAUUGGGGAAGACCAAGUUGCCACCGUGGCAUUUCAAGAUGUUGAACGAUCAUCAACGAAAUCGCGGCUAUCAUCAGGCCAUUUCCCGUGCGGUCCAGCGAAAGAUGCCCGGUGCCCUUCGCUUGUUGGAUUGUGGUUGCGGGGCUGGGCUACUCUCCUUACUGGCAAGCAGGGAGGGAGGACCUUCUCUGGAAAUCACUGCCGUGGAGUUGUCACCUCUGCUUUCGGACAUCACCCAGGAGGUCUUUGGGGCCUCAAGGGCCUCGCAGCCCUCGCAGUUGAAGCUGGUCACUGGAGACGUGAGAUCCUUGCGUUCUGAAGAGGUGGGUCGAUAUGACAUCAUCGUCAGCGAGUUGAUGGACGCUUCCGGGCUGGGGGAGUCGUUGCUAAGUGUGCUGGAACAUGCCUGCAGAGAUCUGGCUUCGCCGGGAGCGCAGGUGAUCCCGUGCGGAUUGCGGUUGAUCGGAGCACUUGGCUGGCUCACCUUACCCAACUGCCAUGGCUCCUUCGAUUUCAGCUCGCUGGAUGCCUUGAACUUCUGCUCGCGAGUCGGGGGACCUUUCUCGAAGGAGAACCCACCCAGUUGUCUUCAUGUUGGGCACGACCUGCCAUCCUUGCACAGUGGGCCUUUCACGUCUCGGAAUCUGAAUCGCUUGCGCCGUGGCGAGGCGUGGGACCUUCUGACGGAGGAAGACACUCUGCUGACCGUGGACUUCCGCGAAGCCUUUCUGCAUGACUUGCGGCACAGCCGCGUGCAGCCCAGCGUGGUGCACGGCACGCGUUGCUUGACGCGGUGCGGACGCGGUCAAGGAGCGUGGCAGACGUCAUUGGAGGUGGCUGACUGGAUGCGGCUGGAAGGGAUACAGCUGGACGACAUCUGUUGCAACGCGUUGGUGAGCUGCUGUGGCAACGGGAACCAAUGGCAGGAGGCCUUAAGAUAUCCAAAGACGGACAGCAGGGGUGCUUCCGCAUUGAUCUCGGCCUGCAGGGGAUUUUGGAAGGCAGCCCAAGAGAUUUUGGGAAGCAUCACAUGGAGGUCCAUCCAGGUUGAUCUGGUGACCAGCAAUGCAGCUGUAAGUGCCAUGGACAAGGGCAAACAAUGGGAAAAGGGUCUCCUUCUCUUUGACGUUUUGAAGUGGCGAAAGAUCUUCGACUCCUACACCUUCACCUCCAUCAUCUCUUCCUGUGCUACGCCAACGUGGCACAGCGCUGGGGCGCUGCUGGUGGAAAUGAACUUCCAUCGGGUCGCCUGCAACGUGAAGACCGUGAACUCGCAAGUGUCGGCUGACGGGCAGCUGGGGUUGUGGCAACGAAGCCUUCGUUUGGUGGAAGCCAUGGGUAGAUCCUCCCUGCGGGCGGAUGAAGAUACGCUGAAUGCGGUGAUGAGUGGCCAAGAUGAGAUGGAAAGCCAGGAUUUCUGGCAGAUUUCCAUGCAGCAACUCUUUUCGUGGUGGCAGACAGGGGCUGAUCUUCGCUUCCCUGUAAGCUUCAGUAGCUUGCUGCGGGCUUGCGUUGAAUGCAACCAGUGGUGUGUGGCGGCAAAUUUGUUUGAGAGAUCGAUGUAUUCCAAGCAAUUUCUCUACCCAUCCAGCUUCAAUGCUGCGAUCACAAUGGCCGAUCCUGCCAUGUUUGGCUGGGAAGUUGCCUUUCAUGUCUUGGAAAGGAUGACAGAUGGGAGGUUAUUGCCCUCCGAGAUCACCUGGAAUUCCGUCUUGGGCGUUUGCGAGAAAAGUCUGGCGUGGGAAUGGGGUCUGGCCGUCCAAGACUGUGCCGCAAAAGCUAUGGAUGGACGAAGCUUUGACGCCAUUCUCAGCGCCAGCAGCAAGACCAGUUCCUGGAGGGUUGCUACUUCCUUGAUGGAACAGGUGGAAUUCAGAGUGCUGCCGGAUCUGGUGUCUUACCAUUUGCUGAUGGCCAUCCGUCCCUGGCGCGAUGCCGUGGUUUUGCUUCGGAAGAUGCAGCUCGUUGGUCUGGAGCCGGUUGGAGACAGCCACAACAUCCUGCUCAGUUUGCAAGACGACUGGCUCAGGGCCUUGGCUCAGGUGGAGCAGAUGCCCUGGAAAACGCUGGAAGUGGAUGAGGUGGCUAUCAACAGCACCAUGAAGGUGUGCAAGGGUCAGUGGAUGCGCUGCUGUGACUUUGCGAAGCGACUAGCGAAGCGACUGGGAAGACGUAGUUGCCUCUUGGCGGUGGGGAAGAUGUCCAGUGAUGAGGCAACAUGUGCGGUGUGUUUGAACAUGGGAAUUUAUAUUAUACUGGAUAUUAUAUACAUAUAA